AUGAGUAAAUUUGCUUUCUGGCACCUCCUCCUCCUCCCUUCUUCGUUUCUUCUUCCUCUUCUUCUUCUUCUUCUUCUUUCUUUCUUUCUUUCUUUCUUUCUUUCUUUCUUACUUCUUGUUCUUGCCUUUUUCUUCUCUUUUUUUCCACUUCUCUUCUUUUAUCUCUUCUUUCUUUUUUCUUCUUCUUUUCUUUUUUCUUCUCUUCUUUCUUCUCUUCUUUCUUCUCUUCUUCUUUCUUUCUUUCUACUUCUUUUCUUUCUUUCUUUCUUUCUUUCUUUCUUCUUCUUUCUCCUCCACUUCUUCUUCUUUUUUUCACUUCUUCUUCUCUUCUUUCUCUUUUUCUUCUUUCAUUCUUUAUUUCUUUCUUUCUUACUUCUUGUUCUUUUCUUUUUUCUUCUCUUUUUUCUUUCACUUCUUCUCUUCUUUUUUCUCUUCUUUCUUUCUUUCUUUCUUCUUUUCUUUUUCUUCUCUUCUUUCUUCUCUUCUUUUCUUCUUUUUUUCUUUUCUUUUUUCUUCUCUUCUUUCUUCCACUUCUUCUCUUCUCUUUUUUCUUUCUUCUCUUCUUCUUUCUUUCUUUCUUUCUUUCUUCUUCUUUUCUUUCUUCUUUUUCUUCUUUUAUUCUUCUUUAUUUUUUCUUCUUUUCUUUGUUCCUCUUCUUCUUCUUCUCUUUCUUCUUCUCUUUCUUCUUCUUCUUCCCUUUUCCUUCUUUUAUUUCUUCUCUUCUUAUUUCUUCUCUUCUUUCUUCUUCUUUUUUCUUGUUUUUUUCUUUUUUCUAUUUCUCGUCUUCUUGUUCUUGUUCUUCCAGUGGAAUUAGCGCUUCAUUUGUAG